AUGCUGGUGUGCACUUUGGAUGGAGACCUCUACCCUCCCCUGGAGGAGCCCACCGGUACUGUAGACCCCAAGAAGAAGAAGGUCAAAGACAAGGACAAAAGGUUUGUGUGGAACCACGGCAGUAAGUAGGCCUAUAUCGCCUCUGUAUUGAAAUUUGCUGAGUGUAGCACUUUGUAGCCCGGCUGCCGAGACUUAACUUCAAGCCUCAGCAGGUCUGGAAGUUUACUUUUUGAUUGAGCUGUUAACUUUAAAUCAUAAUGUUUUGGUCUCCAGUCACCUGCCCUCUAAAGAACACAAGGAAGAGAAGAUUGAAGAAGAUGGUACUGACAUUUGUUUCCCCUUAAGCGCUCUCUCCCUUCAUCUCGUGAAUAUUUUCUUAUGAUGAUGCCUGGAUCUCGUCCCAGGCCCUUUAUUCAAACAACAUAAAAAAAGCAACAGCAGCGGAAGUAAAAACUACGAUUUACAUAUACACUGAACAAAAAUAUAAACACAACAUGCAACAAUUUCAAAGAUUUUACUGAGUUACAGUUCAUAUAAGCAAAUCAGUCAAAUGAAAUAAAACAUUAGGCCUAAUCGAUGGAUUUCACAUGACUGGGAAUACAGAUAUGCAUCUGUUGGUCACAGAUACCUUUAAAAAAAAAGUAGGGACGUGGAUCGGAAAACCAGUCAGUAUCUGGUGUGACCACCAUUUGCCUCAUGCAGCGCUACACGUCUCCUUCGCGUAGAGUUGAUCAGGCUGUUGUUUGUGGCCUGUGGAAUGUUGUUCCACUCCUCUUCAAUGGCUGUGCGAAGUUGAUGGAUAUUGGUGGGAACUGGAACACGCUGUUGAUCCAUAGCAUCCCAAACAUGCUUAAUGGGUGACAUGUCUGGUGAGUAUGAAGACCAUGGAAGAACUGGGACAUUUUCAGCUUCCAGGAAUUGUGUACAGAUCCUUACGACAUGGGUCUGUGCAUUAUCAUGCUGAAACGUGAGGUGAUGGCAGCGGAUGAAUGGCACGACAAUGGGCCUUUAAGGUCUCGUCACGGUAUCUCUGUGCAUUCAAAUAGCGAUCGAUAAAAUGCAAUUGUGUUUAUCCAUAGCUUAUUUUACAUUUACAUUUUAGUCAUUUAGCAGACGCUCUUAUCCAGAGCGACUUACAGUUAGUGAGUGCAUACAUAACCCCACCGCCACCAUGGGGCAUUCUGUUCACAACGUUGACAUCAGCAACCUGCCUUCCCACAUGACGCCAUACAUGUGGUCUGCGGUUGUGAGGCCGGUUGGACCUACUGCCAAAUACUCUAAAAAGACGUUGGAGGUGGCUUGUGGUAGGCUUGGCCCCAGUGAUGUACUGGGCCGUUUGCACUACCCUCUGUAGUGCCUUGCGUUCGGAGGCCAAGCAGUUGCCAUACCAGGCAGUGACGCAACCAGUCAGCAUGCUCUCGAUGGUGCAGCUGUAUAACUUUUUGAGGAUCUGAGGACCUUUUUGUUCAGUGUAAAUAAAGGCCUGUCUUCAUUUGUCCCAAAGAUAUGCAUGAAAGCAAUCUAACUCCGCUUUGAUCGAAGUGACAGAGAGCGAGUGAGAGAAAGGAUUCCUACUUUGUCUUUUGAAUAAAUCUUUAAGGUGCAGGGCCAUAUCGAUUUGGCACGCUAUUCUAUUCGAAAUGUGUUUGCUGGCACGUGGCCAGCCGUUCGCUCUGAGUGCAGUAGUGUUGUGUGCCGAGGCGAUGUGCAGUAGUAUGGAGGCCAGAAGUAAGUGUAACCUGAUUUCCUCUGCAGUACAUAGAGUCUCCCGGCGUGAAGAAGGUAAAGAGAUUGCUACGCACCGACGCAGAGGCCGUUAGUGUCCGUAUCCUUUUAGCUCACGCACUGGGGCAAACACACAGAAUGACUUUGACACGUGCCUAAGACAUACAUUGUAAAUUAAACACAACAUAGCCUGUAGCUGUUGAGAGACCGGCGGGAGCCUACUUUCUGCUCGGCUGGGCCUCACCUGAACUGACUCCUGCUAAUGUCUUAAUGUCACCUGCACCAACACCUUCUCCUAUUAGCACUGUAAUGAAACGAUAAAGCAGCAGGACAGAAUAAGAGCACAGAACAGGGUACAGAAGGGGUAGGCAAUCUUUGUUCCUGGAAUGCCGCAGGAUUUGGUUCCAACUAGGCACCACACCUGAACAACUGAGCUAAUUGAUCAGUUCAGUGGUCAUCUAAAUUCAAGACACCUAGUCUUCCAGGUUGGUUACAUCAAAAACAUGAAAUGCCUGCGGCACUCCAGGACCAGGGUUGCCUACCCCUGGGGUACAGCAUCAACAUCAGAGUGCAGCUCCCUGAGUGUUGAUUUAAGUGGACACUGGUACUUUAAUAUAUCAUUGUAGGCCCAUAGUGAAGCCAGUAUGUUUGUAACAUGACAUAACUUAAUGAAAGCAGUGAGGUAGUGUUUGGUGUACAACGUUUCCCUAACCUGGUGUUCAGGCUGGGAGGUGAUAGCCGAGGAUGAGACCAAGGAGGCAGAAAACAAAGGCUCUCUGGUCAACCUGGACUCAUCACCUGGGACAUCAGAUGGGGCAUGGCUUCUCUGGUAAUCACCAUGGAAGUGGGCAAAACAAGCUCCUCUCACAUAAUAAUACUUUAAUAUGGUCAUAUAGCAGAUGCUUUGGUUCCAUACAGAGUGGCUCAUUAUCCAGUUAAUACGAGUUUAUUCAAGCAAUUGCAAGGGAGAUCACACUCAGGAUCAUCCAGAGAGGAACUCAAAGGUUACAGAUUCACAGUCAUUAUAUACUUCUACACAAAGAGCUGCUUGCCUCUCCUAAGGGGAGGCAAGGUUACACGAGAGAUAGCGGGACAUGGCUCCACUUCUUUAAAGCAUUGUACAAACAAGAACAGGUUCUAAUCAGUUCUCAUGGCCUACGCGACUAAGUUAAACAACAGUGUUUUUCCACUCUAGUACAUACAGUAAGUAUAGUACUCAAGCAUUUACAUAGCAUUAGACUGUAACAGAACCAUUUUGCCCCAACAACACCCAUACAGAAGUUGGAACAAACAGUAUGUCACAUAACCUUACACUGCCCCACUCCCAGCGCAGUACAGUAGGCCAUAGUGGGUCCAUAACUGUCCUACAGGGAAGACUGUGUGUUGGUGGAGAGUAGUAACAGUAAGAACACUGAAAACAGAAAAAUAUAUUUUCUUAACCAGAUAUUUGUAUUUAUUUGACAAUGUAUGUUUGGUUCCUUCCAGCCAAACGUGACGAGCUGAGGGAGAUCUUGAACGACAUCAGCAGCAGCAGUGACGAGGACGAGGGGGGCCUUCGCCGUGAGGAUGAGGACCUGAACAUCAUGGACAUGGAGGAAGACUUGGUUAGACAGCUCCAAGACAAACUCAAUGAGUCAUCAGACGGAGGCCGUGACGAGGCAGACCGGAACAACCUGAUAGGUGAAAUGAAAGAGGGAGAGGGGAUGGGAGAGAGAGUGGAGUGUAUGGAGGGGAGGGGAGGGGGUAGAUUGCAGUCAUACAUAUUCAGAGGUUGGCAUACUGUCUCCAUGUUGGCAACUAAAUAUUCCUUGGCAAUAACAUUUUCAAUCUAUUCUAACUGGAGAGUGAUUGUCUUGUAAUUGGUAUCAACGUGGCGCCUAUCAGAAUGAUCUGUCUACGUUAUUGGAAUAGCAGCCAAUGUGAGAAGAGGAUGGGGGGGGGCUGAUAUGUGGGUGUAAUAUCAGAACAGAAGCACCGCCUAAGGACGGACAGACAAGAUCGGACAUCAAAUCACAUUAACCACUCUUUAUGUCCCCUUGUCAAAACGGAGGACGGCAAUACCCAACCCUACACAAAUGAGCUUAAGUUAGAAUAAAGCUGAGUUUUCUGGGACAGACAGACGUCUCUAUCCCUUCAUCUCCAGUUAUCUCCCCACUCAGAAGACUGACAGGUGCUCUCUCUCUUCCUGCAGCCUGGUUCGGUCACAGCUGGGCUAGCUCUCUCGCUCUGACAGCUCGGUGCACAUUCACUGGCUCACAUGGAGCUAUCCGUCACACAGCUAAUGCUGCAUCCCAGUCCUGCAGCUUUCCGUUAAUCUGUUGUUAGGCUGCCUCUUUUAAUGGGCCAAAGUCUGGCUGUGACUGUCCACACACAUGCCUGUGAACCUAGUGCCUUUAAUGAGGAGCCCAUGAAAUCUGUACUACGUUUUUUUAAAUCAAUACUCUCACGGCUCGUGUCUGACGGUGUUUAAUGAACGGCAACUAAGACUGUGGCUUUUAAUGUGUACAGUGGGGGAAAAAAGUAUUUAGUCAGCCACCAAUUGUGCAAGUUCUCCCACUUAAAAAGAUGAGAGAGGCCUGAAAUUUUCAUCAUAGGUACACGUCAACUAUGACAGACAAAUUGAGAAUUUUUUUUAUCCAGAAAAUCACAUUGUAGGAUUUUUAAUGAAUUUAUUUGCAAAUUAUGGUGGAAAAUAAGUAUUUGGUCACCUACAAACAAGCAAGAUUUCUGGCUCUCACAGACCUGUAACUUCUUCUUUAAGAGGCUCCUCUGUCCUCCACUCGUUACCUGUAUUAAUGGCACCUGUUUGAACUUGUUAUCAGUAUAAAAGACACCUGUCCACAACCUCAAACAGUCACACUCCAAACUCCACUAUGGCCAAGACCAAAGAGCUGUCAAAGAAACCAGAAACAGAAUUGUAGACCUGCACCAGGCUGGGAAGACUGAAUCUGCAAUAGGUAAGCAGCUUGGUUUGAAGAAAUCAACUGUGGGAGCAAUUAUUAGGAAAUGGAAGACAUACAAGACCACUGAUAAUCUCCCUCGAUCUGGGGCUCCACGCAAGAUCUCACCCCGUGGGGUCAAAAUGAUCACAAGAACGGUGAGCAAAAAUCCCAGAACCACACGGGGGGACCUAGUGAAUGACCUGCAGAGAGCUGGGACCAAAGUAACAAAGCCUACCAUCAGUAACACACUACGCUGCCAGGGACUCAAAUCCUGCAGUGCCAGACGUGUCCCCCUGCUUAAGCCAGUACAUGUCCAGGCCCGUCUGAAGUUUGCUAGAGUGCAUUUGGAUGAUCCAGAAGAGGAUUGGGAGAAUGUCAUAUGGUCAGAUGAAACCAAAAUAGAACUUUUUGGUAAAAACUCAACUCGUCGUGUUUGGAGGACAAAGAAUGCUGAGUUGCAUCCAAAGAACACCAUACCUACUGUGAAGCAUGGGGGUGGAAACAUCAUGCUUUGGGGCUGUUUUUCUGCAAAGGGACCAGGACGACUGAUCCGUGUAAAGGAAAGAAUGAAUGGGGCCAUGUAUCGUGAGAUUUUGAGUGAAAACCUCCUUCCAUCAGCAAGGGCAUUGAAGAUGAAACGUGGCUGGGUCUUUCAGCAUGACAAUGAUCCCAAACACACCGCCCGGGCAACGAAGGAGUGGCUUCGUAAGAAGCAUUUCAAGGUCCUGGAGUGGCCUAGCCAGUCUCCAGAUCUCAACCCCAUAGAAAAUCUUUGGAGGGAGUUGAAAGUCCGUGUUGCCCAGCGACAGCCCCAAAACAUAACUGCUCUAGAGGAGAUCUGCAUGGAGGAAUGGGCCAAAAUACCAGCAACAGUGUGUGAACCUUGUGAAGACCUACAGAAAACGUUUGACCUGUGUCAUUGCCAACAAAGGGUAUAUAACAACGUAUUGAGAAACUUUUGUUAUUGACCAAAUACUUAUUUUCCACCAUAAUUUGCAAAUAAAUUCAUUAAAAAUCCUACAAUGUGAUUUUCUGGAAAAAUAUUUAUAAUUUUGUCUGUCAUAGUUGACGUGUACCUAUGAUGAAAAUUACAGGCCUCUCUCAUCUUUUUAAGUGGGAGAACUUGCACAAUUGGUGGCUGACUAAAUACUUUUUUCCCCCACUGUAUGUGGUUUUGAUUGAAUUCAAUGGAUUCCACAUAACGUGUUUUCAGGCCAUCUCCCUACUAAUGAGAGCCCAUGUGGGCCUCAGUCACUCAGCCUGGUCCUGGUGUUGGAUUCACUUUCAAUUGGCCUAUUGCUGCCUUAAAGGGGCCAUCUGCGAUUGAUACAUUCCUUUUUGGACUUUUAAAUUAAGGAUAUACAGUGCCUUCGGAAAGUAUUCAGACCCCUUGACCUUUUCCACAUUUUGUUACAUUACAGCCUUAUUCUAAAAUGGAUUAAAUAAAUAAAAAUCCUCACCAAUCUACACACAAUACCCCAUAAUGACAAAGCGAAAACAGGUUUUUAGAAUUUUUGCAAAUGUAUUAAAAAUGAAAAACAAAAAUACCUAAUUUACAUAAGUAUUCAGACCCUUUGCUAUGAGACUCGAAAUUGAGCUCAGGUGCAUCCUGUUUCCAUUGUUCAUCCUUGAAAUGUUUCUACAACUUGAUUGGAGUCCACCUGUGGUAAAUUCAAUUGAUUGGACAUGAUUUGGAAAGGCACACAACUGUCUAUAUAAGGUCCCACAGUUGACAGUGCAUGUCAGAGCAAAAACCAAGCCAUGAGGUCGAAGGAAUUGUCCGUAGAGCUCCGAGACAGGAUUGUGUCAAGGCACAGAUCUGAGGAAGGGUACCAAAAAUGUAUUGAAGGUCCUCAAGAAUACAGUGGCCUCCAUCAUUCUUAAAUGAAAGUUUGGAACCAUCAAGACUCUUCCUAGAGCUGGCCGCCCGGCAAAACUGAGCAAUCGGGGGAGAAGGGCCUUUGUCAGGGAAGUGACCAAGAACCCGAUGGUCACUCUGACAGAGCUCCAGAGUUCCUCUGUGGAGAUGGGAGAACCUUCCAGAAGGAAAACCAUCUCUGCAGCAUUCCACAAAUCAGGCCUUUAUGGUAGACUGUCCAGACGGAAGCCACUUCUCAGUAAAAGGCACAUGACAGCCCACUUGGAGUUUGCCAAAAGGCACCUAAAGACUCAAAGACCAUGGGAAACAAGAUUCUCUGGUCUGAUGAAACCAAGAUUGAACUCUUUGGCCUGAAUGCCAAGCGCCACAUCUGGAGGAAACCUGGCACCAUCACUACGGUGAAGCAUGGUGGUGGCAGCAUCAUGCUGUGGGGAUGUUUUUCAGCGGCAGGGACUGGGAGACUAGUCAGGAUCGAGGCAAAGAUGAACGGAGCAAAGUACAGUGAGAUCCUUGAUGAAAACCUGCUCCAUAGUGCUCAGGACCUCAGACUGGGACAAAGAUUCACCUUCAAACAGGACAACGACCCUAAGCACACAGGCAAGACAACGCAGGAGUGGCUUCGGGACAAGUCUCUGUAUGUCCUUGAGUCGCUCAGCCAGAGCCCGGACUUGAACCCGAUCAAACAUAUCUUGAGAGACCUGAAAAUAGCUGUGCAGCAACGCUCCCCAUCCAACCUGACAGAACUUGAAAGGAUCUGCAGAGAAGAAUGGGAGAAACUCACCAAAUGCAGAUGUGCCAAGCUUGUAGCGUCAUACCCAAGAAGACUCAAUGCUAUAAUUGCUGCCAAAGGUGCUUCAACAAAGUACUGAGUAAAGGGUCUGAAUAAUAUAAUAAUAUAAUAUGCCAUUUAGCAGACGCUUUUAUCCAAAGCAACUUAGUCAUGCGUGCAUACAUUUUUUUUUUUUGUGUAUGGGUGGUCCCGGGGAUCGAACCCACUACCUUGGCAUUACAAAUGCCGUGCUCUACUAGCUGAGCUACAGAGGACCAUGAAUACCUAUGUAAAUGUGAUAUUUCCGUAAAUAAAUUAGCAACAAUUUCCAAAAACCUGUUUUUGCUUUGUCAUUAUGGGGUAUUGUGUGUAGAUUGAUGAGGGAAACAAACAAAUUAAUCAAUUUUAGUAUAAGGCUGUAACAUAACAAAAUGUGAAAGAAGUCAAGGGGUCUGAAUACUUUCCGAAGGCACUAUAUAUAUAUAUAUACCAAUUGAUUCUUUAAGAAUAUCACUUAUUAGAAUAUCACUUAGUUCAACUCCCCACUGGAACCCAAAAUAUAAGCUUGUUUUACUCCAACGUUUGUAAACAAAGUAAAUGUAAACUAACACUAAAACAUGGUUAAAACUAACAUUUUAAUAUCAUGGAUGGUCAGUCUUUGCAUCCAUAGCUCUAUGAAUUAGAGAGUGGUUACAUUUCUCCAGCCCCAUCCCUCAGCUUUUCACCGAAACGGAGAACACUUUGUUAUUGUUUCUACUGCUGAUUCCUGGAGGCAAACUACCUGAUUGCCGCAGGUUUUGAUGGAAGAAGGAAGUGUGUCCUUUGUGUGUUCUGAUUAGUGCAAAUCAGAGGCCCUUGUUGGUUAAUUCAAUUUCAGUUGGCAUGUAGCAAAUGGCCGUGUCUUGGUGCUGCUUUGUGUGGAAGAGUCAGUGGGUUGAAUCUCCAUACAAGUUGCCUCCUUUUAAUGUUUCCUUUCCCUGCUUCAUACACAUCUUAAAGAGGAUCAAAAGAGGAUCCAGCUUAUUGCUUUCACUCAAUGUAGAUUUUAAGAGUGGAGACGAGGAAUACACUCGAUUCCAUUGAGAUAUUGAGUAGCCUGUGUGUUCGUGAGGAAACCUAAGCAGUAAAUGGUUCCUCUGUGUCUCUCCUCCCGUAGUGAUGGAGUACCAGGUGCAGGUAGACUGUGUGAAGGCCAAGCUGAAGAAGACGCGCGCCCGCGAGAAACAACAGGAGGACCUCAUCAUGAAGGUGGAGAACCAGGCACUGAAGGUGAGCUAUAGACACAACUUUUACAUGCCAUUUGUGUCAUUUAGCAGAGUGAGACGACCACAGACUGAUUCAUAUAGGCCUUCAAAAAUAAGUCUUAGUAGAAGACUCUUUCACUCAAACACACACACUGACACACACUCUCACACACGCACACACAUACAAACACACUGAGGCAACCUCGGAGGGAGAAGUAUUUAUGUGGAAUAUAACCAUUCUAAACUACUGCGUGUAAAACUUCAGACCGCAGGGCAACUCGAAGAUGUAAUUUUUUUAGAAGGCAUAAAUAUUACAUUUCUGCCAUCAGCCGUUUGUGCGUUCCUCGUGGGAAAAAAAAGGUAUCAAAAUUCAUACAUUUAAUUCCGCCAACUGCUCUUCGGGGCAGAUUUAGAACGUGUGAGACACGGGCAGACUCGAGGCUUGUUUUACCAUGUCGUUUCAGCUCUCUGCUCGGCUGGCUGAGUUCUCUAUCUUCCACCAUUAUUAUCCCAGCCACAGGAAAAGGUCACGGGCAUCUGACUGGCAUUCCAAAUGGCCUUUCUGUCAGGUGAAAGAUACGCUCACUACGAGCAAUGGCACGACGGCAGGCUCCAAUUUCAAACAUCAAAACAAGCUAAGCGAACUGUCUAAUGCUGAGUCAGACUAAACUCCGCUCUUAUUUAGCAGAACCGCUUUCAGGCUCUGCUCAGUGAAAUCAUUCAUCAGGAGGAGAGCGAGAUGGAGCAGGUAAGGUUGGCUGAGCAAGACGGGAAGGUGCAUUUAAAACCACAUCAGUUUUAUGCUCUUGUUGGUUAUGAUUGAUAAUGUUUUUAUUUGGUAUUAAGCAGUAUUUUCUAUAAAGGAAUGUAAAGGGGAAAGUAUACUGUUGCUACAUUACAGUGCAACUAAGACGUUUGAAUUGAAUAGACAAACAAGCACACCAAAACGUUUUUUAUACGAAGCACUUUAUUGAACUACCAUUGACUUCAUCUAGCAACUGAACAUCCUUACAGAUCCAAUGACGAGGGUUUUCUUUAUUUCCAACAUCCAAGUCAAUUCUUUGACUCAAUCGAUCUUAAUUAGAAUUGUCAAGAGCUCUUAACACCAAUCCAAGUAUCUGUAUUCAAGUCUUGUCUCUGUCUUCACAUCAGCUUGUUUUGCUGUUUGGAUUGACAAAUGAAUGGUAUAGGAAUAAUGUUGGAAGAUGUGCUAAUCAUCAUCCACUUAGCCUACUAAUUACACCCGGGCAUUAGGCAUCAAUCAACCCUCCCAAUCUCUGCUCCAACAGCUGGCCUUCUUGCUUCAGGAGCAGCUGGACUCACUGAUCGAGAUGUGA